GCGAGAGCGGCGGACGUGCUACGACCUGCGACAUGCGGCGCCUGGAACCUGCGACUUGGGACCUGACCGGGAAGCUGCGAGACGCGUUCAUACGCCCAAAGUAUCGUGAACUUUUUCCCUUUUCUCUUUUUGGCUGCUACCAAGUUCCAUGGUUCCUUCCACCACCACCACCAACACCACCAAUCCUUGUUUGCCCUUGCCAAGUAAACCAGUUGACCACUUGAUCAACUCACGCCACGAUCCUUCCUUACUUGCCAGUGUCCACGAAUGUCUUACCUAAACCUCCUUCCCUACCGUCCCGUCGUUCCUUCCUUCCCAAUGGAAAGCUCCAACCUUCAUAAUAAACGGGAGCUCCCUUCCUUCCCUCCCGCGUCUUCUCCAAGGUUCCAAGCUCCUCCCCUCUGCCAUACUUACCUUAAGGUAGUGUCCUCCUCCCCGCGACUUUCUUCCUCCCCUCCAUUCCCACCUGCCAACUUCUCACAUACAACAAACCACGUCCAACCGACCCCGAAUUACGAGACGUACUUCCCGAUCCAGACUUACAACCAGACGAUCAGGAGUCAAUCACCACCCUCCCGCUCGUCCCACGUCAUCUACCCCACCAUAGCUCCUCUCAUCGUUGCUUUUGCCCAAACUUGGGCGCCUCGAAUUCCACCAGCCCUCUGCCAGAUUUGAUCGUCAACUCCGCAUCUGCCAGAGACAGCUAGCUUCAUCUGCUCGAUCCAGGUCGCCGCCCAACAAAAACUAGUUUCGUGACAUCAUCCGGCUGAAGUCAAUUGCAAAAGUCAACGGUUCUCCAAAACCGAAACAAACGCCAUCAUUGUUUCGCCUUCACACUUUUAUUCCUUCCGAAAGGCACCUCGAAUCGACUCUGACCGUCGUAUUAUUUCAGACGGCAAUACUCACGUACAUACACUUCAACACCGCGUGUAACACUUUCACACCCGCAGACACUCAAAAUGUUCCGUCCCCUUAGCGCCCGACUGGCGCGGAUCAUUCGUCCCAUCGCGAGACACACCCAGGUCCGCGGCAAAUCCUCUCAGUCUUCCGCCUCUGCAGCUCAAGCUAGCAUUGCAGCCACUAGCCCCAAGCAGCAGCAACAGUCUAGAUCCAUCAGCGGCAGCCCCAACGUCAGAGAGAAGCCUCACCCGGGCCAGUAUUCGAGAACCGACCCCGAUGUCACUGUCGAGUACCCUGAAGACGACCAGUUGCCUAGCAGUCAGCCGGUCCGCGGUCACGGUGGUGGUAUUGGCAAGCCCACGCUUGCUUCCUUCUCUCUCGAUGGCCACACCGGCGUCGUCACUGGCGGUGCGCGCGGCCUUGGCUUGGUUAUGGGCCAAGGCAUGGUCUACUCCGGCAGCGAUCUUGCCAUCGUCGACUUGAACAAGGAGGAGGCUGAGCUCCAAGCCAAGAACCUGCUUGAAGCAUUCAAGAGAGAAAACCCAGAGGCUAAGAGAGUUCCCAAGGUGACUGCGCAUCACGCAGACGUCUCAGACCCCGCCUCUGUCGAUGCCUGCAUUGCUGAGAUCCUCGCCGCUCACGGCAAGAUUGACAACCUCGUCACGUCGGCCGGCUUCACCGAGAACUUCGACGCCAUCAACUACCCCAUUGAGCGCAUGCGUAAGCUCUGGGGCGUCAACGUCGACGGCACAUACCUCUUCGCUAUCGGAGUCGCCAAGCAUCUCAUGGAGCGCAAGUCUCCCGGAAGCAUGGUCUUCAUCGGCAGCAUGUCUGGCUCCAUUGUCAAUAUUCCCCAGCCUCAGGCACCUUACAACGCCGCAAAGGCUGGUGUCCGUCACUUGGCUGCCUCCUUGGCUGUCGAGUGGGCUGGUGCGGGCAUUCGUGUCAACUGCAUCUCUCCCGGCUACAUGCUCACAGCUCUAACCGAGAAGAUUCUUGACGACAACCCAGACCUCAAGCAGAAGUGGACUUCUCUGAUUCCCCAGGGCAAGAUGGGUCAGCCCAAGGACCUUAUGGGACCCGUCACUUUCUUGCUGUCUGAUGCCUCUCUCUACGUCACGGGUGCGGACCUCCGCGUUGAUGGCGGUUACACCGUCACAUAAGCCGCCACGAGUCCUUGAUAUGAAUUGGAUUGAAGAAGGAGAGGAGGAAAGAGGCCAAAAGUUUGCAUUUCCACUAGAGUGAUUGGCGUUUUUGCUAUGGGAACAUAGAAGGUCGAUUUGUUGAUACGCCGACAAAUAGUAAAAUUGAUAAUGAUCAAACAAUCCGUGAUAAGAUCUCGAAGAGGCUGACUGAGUCUCUGUGGAUGUGGCAUGUGAAAGGCGGCCAAGCUAGGUAGCUUUACACCGGUCAGCGUAUUCGAUGAGGCUCAUUCGUCGGCACCGAUCGAGGUAUUCCACCACCCCGACAUGCAGUGUUACGGGGCCCGCAGCAUAAGGUCACCGGACGGGCCAUCGACAGUUAUCCGAUCUCUCAUAUCGCCGAGUCUCCCCUAUCCUGCGCCGUCCCGUAAUUGCCUCGUCUGGUUUUCUACUUCUAACCCUGGUCUUGAGUCUUGUUUGAAGCCUCGUCUCGAGGGGCGGCCUGGGAUUCGGUACUCCCGACGCUCUGGUUCUCAGUGAAGUGACCGUAAGGAACCACAGUACGCUGACUUAUAUGGUUCCU